CGGAUUCAAGAGGUGCGCAGAGACGCGCCAAUGAAGAAAUUAUUGUUGAAGAAAAGCACAGCAGUCAGUAUCGCUAAAUUUGUAUAUAAUACCAGGCUGCUUAGUCAAUUUCAAGUAACUAAUCUAUAUGCAAUAGAGACAGUUAAUCCAGAAAAUAGUAUUCAUUAG